CAAACCUAGUUGCUUCGCGGCCGAGUCCGAGUCCUCCAUCCAAAGACACUGUAGCGGAGGGGGGGUGUAUCCCGCGAGGUUAGCCGAACUCGUCCGAAUGAGAGUUAUUCUCCGAUCUCGCCCGAACUCCUCUUUAAGAAUCCCGAAUAGGGAAACGAACGGCCCAAGGCCUGCUCCGAUCUUAUCCGAGUAUCGUCGACGACGGGUGUCCCCGAAUCCGUCCUGCGGCCCGCUUCGGUCUCACCCGAGUGAUCCCGAUCGGAGCCGACUUCUCCCGAUCCACUGAAAGUGCAUGUUGAGGCUACCUAGAGCGGGACCGGAAGCUCGCGAAGAUAUCCGAAUAGGUCGCGGUUACUCAUCGACCUACGGCCGUUGCCGAAGAGGCCCGAGUAUUUCCGGCUAUGACCGAACCGAGAUGGGAGGCAAAAGUCCGAAGAAGAGCGAAGACUUCGUGAAUCCUCCCUCUCCCAAUGCGGCCCACCGGCGGUGUCCGAGGGGGCCCGAAUAGUUCCGAGGACGCAAGCAAUAAAGGCGAUCGUGGAGUUCCGCUCGCGCGAAACCCGCCGAACGACAAUCCGCCCAUGAAGCCCUCGGAGGAGGCUGCGCAAGGGUUGUCGGGAUGCUGGAAGAAUUGGUGCGGGGAGGGGAUUGAGGGGGAGAAAAUAUGGCGGUCGCCAAGCAAGGGAGAUCAUCAUCUGUUCUAUCAUCUGUUUCCUUACAGAUCCUUUUUGGUUUAGGUGCAAUUUAUUAUAUAUUUUAUUUUUUAGCAGUACUUCUAAUGAUUAUUUAUAAAAGUCACGUUUUCACUUAUCCAAAUAAUUUAUUGACUCUUGAUCUCGUAUUGCUGUUCUUUAUGGCACUUCUAGAAGCUAUCCGCCUGUACUUUGGUACUAAAGGCAACUUGACAGAAGAGGAAGCUCCCCUUGGGAUCAGUCUUGGGAUCACUGUUGGCAAUGUAAUUCUAUCAGUCUACUUUCUAGUGUGGCAAACUUAUAUCCUGAGAGCAGAUGUCAUUAUUAAUGUUGUGCUGCUUGUUGCAUAUGGACUUGAAGGAAUUCUGCAAAUCAUAGCAAUUGCUGCUUUUGUCAGCUAAAUCAUGUUGAUGCUUGUGUACGUGUAUUUUCUGUGUUUUCUUCCAAUAGGAGCAACAUUUUAAAAUUAUAUAAAGGAGAUGUUCUGACAAUUCUGUUCCAUAUGACAUACCAACAUUUCACAAGAUCUUUGUAAAACAAGCUCUGCUGGCCCAUUUUCAACACAGUAUAUUUACUGUAAUGACCUAUGCUUGCAAUGAAAGUUUGCAAGUUUGUGGUAGACAAGCUGUUUUUCCAGGGGGAAAAAACCUCUUCAAAUACACAGGUAAAUGCAGUGGGUUUAUACCAGGAAUCCAUACAUUUUACUGAGACUUAAUAUCUUAAAAUGACUUAAUAUCUUUAAAAAAAUUGGGCUCAAAUUUUUGUGGCAAAUAUGUAUUUUCCUGUUAUAUCUGAACCAGGCCAACAAAUGAUAGUUAGCCUACAAUUAGAAUUAUCAUAUUUUCUAAUUUUGAUUUGCAAGGCAUAGCGUAAAGAGAAAGUUCUGAUGUUAUAUCAAAAUCUACCAAAUGAUAGACAGAAGUUACACAUUACACUAAAAUAUAAAGUGAUUUGUUUUUGCUUAGUAUGAUGUGAGAUAUGUUCAAAAGCCAUGGUUUAUAAUGUAGUUUAGUAUGUGAAUCCUGCUAGUAAAGACUCAUUCAGUAUAUUACAGUUUUAAAAAGGUGUAGUGUGCUCCACUGACCCAUCUGUAAUCUUUCUAAAAUCUGUUAGCAUUCUUGUUUGUAUAAUUUUCAGUUAAUCAGAAGAAUACAUUUCAAAGUUUCAUUUCCAGAAUAUUAGAUUCUAGAUGGGCCGGGUUACCUGAGGGACCACCUCUCUCCAAUUACAUCUGCCCGUCCCAUCAGGUCUGGCAGAGAAGGCAUGCUGCAAGUCCCAUCUGCCAGGAAAUUGCAUUUGGUGGGUCCCAGGAGGCGGGCCUUCUCUGCCGUGGCGCCUGCCUUGUGGAAUCUUCUCCCCCCAGAAGUGAGAUUAGCCCCAUCCCUCUUAACAUUCCGCAAGUCCCUCAAGACCUGGCUAUGUGACCAGGCCUGGGACUCCCAGGGGACCAGAGAGAUUUUGCCAUGGCUCCCUUAUUAAUUUUAUCCCCUCCUGUUUUGUGUGCUUUUAUA